AUGAAGAAGGAGAAAGCUCAAGCAAGUUCUACUGUAGAUUUGGCCAACCACUGCUCAGGAUUUCACUCUGAAAACGGAUCUAGGGUCGACCUCAGGAUUACACCAUAUUCGUGCAAGAGUUCCCGAACGAACAGGGGUACAAGGCAUCUUGGAGUUGGUAAGUGGCAAGUUAGAUGUAACCGUGCAGGUAAGAACCCCAACACGGCGACAGUAAGGGUUCGAACUCGGAAGGACAACACCUUCUGCCCAUGCUUUUUAAAUGUUGAAUAUUGCAACAAUGACAUGGUCACCGUUAAAGGAUGUUUUGGACAUGCUGGUCAUGAAGUAGAUCCAGCCUUGCUGCGUUUGUCCACGGAAGAACAGGAAUAUUCGAAAAUGCCACUGGAAGAUCACACAAUCAACUACAUCACACAACGUGUUGGGAAAGGCCAUCGCGAGAAGAAUUCUAGGCUCUUCUUGUUACCAGAAACGAUCUCUGAAAUCUCAUAA